AUGAACAACAGUGUGAAUACAACCGGGCCACAGCCGGGUUAUGCUGUGGGCUUUGGAUCUGUUAUGGUGCUGGGUUUGCCUCUCAAUGCUGUGGCACUGUGGAUUCUGCUUCGCCGCCACAGCCUCAAAUCCCCCAGUGUUGUUUUCAUGGUCAACCUGGCCAUCUCAGACCUGCUGCUGGUCAUCUCCCUGCCCAUGAGGGUCUACUUUUAUGCCACAGGUACCUGGCCUCUGAGCUUCACUGCAUGCUCCUGGAUUACAAUGCUCUUUGUCAACAACAUCCGCUCAAGCUCCAUCUUCAUCACAUUCAUCAGCAUAGAUCGGCUGCUGGCUGUAGUUUAUCCUCUGAGGACACGCCAUCUGCGAACCACUUCCAACGCCUGGAAAUCUGCUGUGCUCAUUUGGAUUUUUGUGAUUGUGGCGAACAUCCCAGAGAGAAUUAUUUUUUCUUCAAGAAACAAAAAUAAUAAUAAUACCUGUUUUGAAUUUCACCGCCAGCAGCAGCCUGUAACAGGACUGGAAUACAUUCAGCCUGUGUUAGUGUUUAUUCUGCUGACCAUCAACAUUGUGUCCACUGCUUUGGUGUCUUGGACUCUACGCAGACAUCUCACUGACUCCGCAAGGAUCAACAACAAGAUGAAUGUCAUGCUGAUUUUUGCCAUGAACUUGGUAAUGUUCACCAUAUGUUUCGUGCCUGUGUCGAUUGGUGUUAUAAUUUGGACACCAGAAUUUCCGUCUUUGAUAUGGCUUGCUAGUGUGAACUGUUGUCUGGAUCCACUGUUGUACUACUUUUCUUUGGAUUCCUUCUGGAAGAAAAAUGAGGAUUCUGUCCAAAGGGAACACAAUUUGGGUUUCAUCACUCCCAAAGAUCAACAAUUAACUAUUCCUUUGACAUGAUGAACUUUAUGUUUAUUAUUAUCACAAGAAGGGACUACAAAGCUAGUGACUGGAACUUCCUUUUUUUUGGAAGGGCUGUAAAUUAAGAUAGCUAGUCAAAUUCUUGUGAUGGUUCUCAACACCUUCCUUCUCU